UUAUUACUUUUCUAUUUGUAUAAUACAAUGUCCAUGUAUAAUUUUGUCACCGUUACAAGAUCACGUCGUAAGGUAACUAUUAGUGUUAUAAAUGAGCAUACACUGAGCUCUGAUGCCUAGAUUCGCCGGUGGUCAUUUGAAAUAUUAUUUUCAAUCUUUUAACAAGAAUAAGUUGUACAAGCCUCAGUAUAUACUUCAUUAUCGUGUAGCAUCAAGCUUUGAUGAAACAUGCUCAUUGAAUUCAAGCUUCAGUUUCUCAAUGGAUCCAGGGAUAAUUGGAAGGGUGAAACCUUGCUCCUAUUCUGAGUUGGAAAGCAUAACUGAUUUCGGGGUGCCCGAUAGCCUGAUUUCGACAUCAUGUGUAGGACGAUUGUUCAGAGGAACCAUUGACAAGGGAUUUGAGAAAUGACAAGUGAUUGUAAAAACGUGGGAUUUUCCCUUUCUUGGUGGAAAUCAUUUUCAAGACCUGCCAAAUAGAUUUUGGAAUCUGAUUGAGCUAUACACAGACAAUGAAGUAAGCAAACAUCCAAAUUUGGCGAAGUUAUAUACGUACUGCUACAGAAAAAGGCUGGCAGCUGUCUAUGAUCAGAAAUUCACAGCUGUCUUGUGUGACAUGCUUCUUGAUGAUGGCUUUGGGUGGCAUAAUCGGAUUAAGGUGGCAACUCAACUUGCAGAUCUCUUGGCAUGGUUGCAUGAUAGGAGGAUUGCAGUUGGCUCAGUUGAAGGUUCAUGUAUUAUGAUAGAUGAGAAAAUGAAUAUAAAGGUGCUUGGAUUUGGCUGUGUUUCUCGUCACACAGAUGAAGAUUCUAAACUUCCCGCGAGUAAAUAUUUUAAUAGAGAGGCUUUUGAUGUUCAUUGUGGAGGUGCAAGGAUGAUGAAAUCUGAUGUUUAUGUAUUCGGGAUUCUACUAGUGGAGCUGAUAGCAAAAAAGAAGUACGACUUUGAGAUGACGCCAUACAAACUAAAAUGCGACGUGGAGGAUAUGGAUUCAAAUGGCAAAAAAGGAUUGGUUCACGAGUCAUUCGAAGAGGUCGAUAACGAAACCACAAGGAUGAUCACGGAGCUCACAAAGUCCUGCUUGGAUGAGGAACCAACGAAGACGCCGAAGAUGGAAGUUGUUUCUGGCUGUUUGAAGGAAUUGUGCAACCGUAGUCUUUAAGGAAAGUGGGGUUGUUUGGGUAGAAGCGUUUUUGCCCCAAACGUCAUUUUUUCCGAUGGAAAACGCUGCAUUUUGCAGCGUGUUGCCUCUCAACCGCAGUCUUUAAAGAAUGUGUCUGCAGCUAUCUUCGUGUUUUCUUCAUUUCCAUUGUUUUUACUUUUUACUGCAUCUUCUCUUUACAAUUGAAAUAAUG